AUGCUUGGUAUUGAAGAAACAAAGUUUACAGAAUGGAUGAAAACAAAUCAGGCUUUUGAAGAUGCUCGAGAGUUGGCUUAUGCUGAAUUUCCUACAAAAUGGGUAUGGCAUAGUAAUGAUAAGCAAUGGCAAAGAAAGAAAUCUAAAUAUUGUAUUGGAAGAGUGUAUUACGCACAUCCUUCAAGUGGUGAAAGGUUUUAUUUGAGAAUGUUGCUUAACAUUGUCAAAGGUCCAAGAAACUUUAAAGAAUUAAGGACUAUAAACGAUGUUACUUAUCCAACUUAUAAGGAAGCCUGUUAUGCACUUGGACUUCUUGAUGAUGACAAAGAAUGGCAUGAUUCCCUAAUUGAAGCUUCGAAUUGGGCCAGUGAGCAACAAUUGCGUCAACUAUUUGUUACAAUGAUAUUGUUCUGUGAGGUAGCUGAUCCAUUAAGUCUUUGGGAAUCCAACUGGAAACUGAUUACAGAAGAUAUACUAAAUAGGCAAAGGCGUAUCCUCCAAUUUCAAGAACUAAUUUUAUCAGAUGACCAAUUGAGAAAUUAUGGAUUGUAUGAAAUCGAACAAAUCCUCCAACAAUAUGGAAGAUCACUUAGAGAUUAUCUACAAAUGCCCCAGCCAAAUAUGGAUCUUAUUCAGAAUGGAAAUAGACUUAUUCAAGAAGAAAUGUCGUAUGAUGUAUCAAGUUUGAAAAGAGAACAUGAGAUCCUAAUUUCUGGCCUAAACAAUGAACAGAGAAUAAUCUACAAUUCUAUAAUGGAAGCUGUUGCUACUGAAAGAGGGGGAAUGUUUUUUUUCUAUGGACAUGGUGGAACGGGUAAAACGUAUCUUUAUAGAACCAUCCUGUCUGGUAUAAGAUCAAAAGGCAAAAUUGCUCUUGCUGUUGCGUCUUCAGGAAUUGCUGCUUUGUUGCUUCCUGGUGGAAGGACUGCUCACUCAAGAUUUCAUAUCCCAAUUAAUGUAAAUGAUGACUCUACCUGUGACAUAAAUCAAAGAACACAAGCGGCGGAACUUCUCUCAAAAACAAGUAUUAUACUUUGGGAUGAAGCACCGAUGGCACAUAGGAAUUGUUUUGAAGUUGUUGACCGCACGUUACGAGAUAUACUACAAAUCGAAGGUCCUCAAAAUGCUGAAAAACCUUUUGGUGGUAAAGUUGUAGUUCUAGGGGGUAAUGGUGAAUUGGGAGAAGGAGAUGGGGAUUACAACAUUUCAAUUCCAAGUGAUUUGAUUAUCCAACCUUUAGAGAAUCCAAUGCAAGAUAUUAUUGACAACACAUAUCCAUAUUCUAUAUGCAAGGCUUCUUCAAAUGUUCCGGACCAAGAUCUCCUGUAUAUUGUUGAAUUUUUGAACACGUUGAGAUUUCCAGGAUUGCCAAACCAUAAACUGACAUUAAAAAUAGGUUUGCCUGUAAUGUUGCUUAGAAACUUGAAUCAGAAUGAAGGUCUUUGUAAUGGAACAAGACUCAUUAUAACAAGAUUGGCUACAUGGGUGAUAGAAGUAGAAAUCAUAACUGGCACUAAUAUAGGCAAACGUGUGUUCAUUCCAAGAAUGACAUUAUCUCCAAGUGAUUCAAAAUGGCCAUUCGUUUUAAAGAGACGACAAUUUCCAAUUUCAGUGUGCUUUGCAAUGACUAUAAAUAAAAGCCAAGGACAAUCAUUGAAACAUGUUGGAGUGUAUUUGCCAAAACCUGUUUUUAGUCAUGGGCAAUUGUACGUUGCAGUGUCUAGAGUUACAAGCAGAAAUGGCCUAAAAUUCCUCAUCAUUAAUGAUGACACUGAAAAAAAGUUUGAAACAAAAAAUAUUGUGUAUAAAGAAGUUUUUACUAAUCUUUGA